AUGGAAGCACCCAUCGUGUCUCCAGAUACCGUUGAACAACAGCUUCCAAUCCUCCAGAAGCAAGAGGGCGUCCAAUUUAUACCAGCUGACAAGAUCGACGAGACGUUCAAAUCGGACAGCAUCGGUACUAUCCCUUGUCAAUUCUCUCCCUCAACCCCAAUUGCUAACAUGUAGCGCCUGCUUUAGACCUCAUCAACAAAGCCCUCGGCUCCCGUAUCCUCUCUUUCUCCGACGAAUGGUUCGCUGCCGCCGAGAACCUCACGACCCCGACUGCUCCGAUCCGCAAACCGGGCGUUUUCACUUACGCAGGAGCUUGGUACGACGGAUGGGAAACUCGACGGCAUAACCCUGAAGAGUUCGACUGGGUGGUUAUACGGUUGGGAGUCGCAAGUGGAAGGGUAAGAGGUGUAGAGAUUGAUACGGCGUUUUUCAAUGGAAAUCAGGCGCCUGAGAUUGCAGUACAGGCUGCUGUGGGGGAUGACGAGGAAGUAAAACAGAAGGAUUUCAAGGGAUGGGAGACCAUUUUGCAGAGGCAGGAAUGUGGACCUAGUCAGAGGCAUGGAUGGUCAUUACCUGGUCAAGGGACGGAAAAGAGCUAUACGCAUGUGCGACUGCAGAUGUUUCCCGACGGGGGAAUCGCGAGGUUUCGGUUAUUUGGACACGCGGUUCCGAUCUUGCCGCAGGAUGUGAAUGAGGUUUUCGAUCUCGCUGCUACGGUCAAUGGAGGCGUUGCGGUACAGUGCUCCGAUCAGCACUUCGGAACUAAAGAUAACCUGCUCCUUCCCGGGCGAGGCGUGGAUAUGGGCGAUGGAUGGGAAACUAAGCGGUCUCGUGGAGUACACACGGACUGGGUCAUUAUUAAACUCGGCACUUCCGGUAUCAUUGACAAAGUGGUUAUCGAUACGGCGCAUUUCAGGGGUAACUUCCCUCAGAAGGUUCAGCUCUUUGCUGCUGGGCCGGCAGAGAGAGUUCCGGGUCCUGAUGAUGAGGCAUGGACGGAGAUUCUGCCGCCGCAGAAGACGGGGCCGGAUCGGGAACAUGCGUUUGGGUGGGAUGUUAUGGAGAAAGUGGAGGGGAUGGUGGUGGAGUUUGUGAAGAUGGUUAUUAUUCCUGAUGGCGGAGUGAAGAGGAUACGGGUUUGGGGGAGGAGGGCACAGUAG